GAAGCUACACACCAUCUGUGAGGGAUAGCUAAGCAGGACCGCAUGUUCAACUUUGCACGUUGUUGAACGAUAAUUUUAUAAAAGUUUUUCUUUUAAUCUAUCAAAAUGUCAGAUUUAGAGCAAGGAGUCGAAGAGCUUCAAAUUGAAACAACUAGUAAAAAGAAGCUUACCAAUAAAGAAAAGAAAAAGUUGAAAAAGAAGGAAGAUUACGAAAAAGCACUCGAAGCUCUAACCAAAAAAGGUGGCGAUGGACAAAGUGAACUUGAUUCGAAUUUCACUAUUUCACAAAGUUCAACGCAAAAUCGUGGUGGACAGCAGCUAGAGCAUGCUGUUGAUAUAAAAGUAGAGAGUUUCACAAUCUCUGCAAAAGGCAAGGAUCUAUUUACUAAUGCAAAUCUCCUUAUUGCUCAAGGAAGACGAUAUGGUCUUGUUGGACCUAAUGGGCAUGGCAAAACAACAUUGCUUCGUCAUAUUGCUGAACAUAAAUUCAAAAUUCCACCAACCAUAGAUGUUUUGUUGUGUGAACAAGAGGUUGUUGCUGAUGAUACACCAGCUGUACAAGUAGUAUUGAAAGCUGAUGUAAAGUGUAAUAAGUUGAAAGAUGAAUGUAAAGAGUUAGAAGAAAAAGUUGAAAAAGGAGAUACAACAGUUCAAGAUAGGUUGCAAGAGGUAUAUGAAGAAUUGAAAGCUAUGGGAGCUGAUUCAGCAGAACCAAGAGCUAGAAGAAUCCUUGCUGGUUUAGGAUUCAGUAAAGAGAUGCAAGACAGAGCAACUAAAAAUUUUUCUGGUGGCUGGAGAAUGCGUGUUUCUUUAGCUAGAGCUCUUUUCCUCGAGCCAACUCUGUUGUUACUUGAUGAACCUACUAAUCACUUGGAUUUAAAUGCUGUAAUUUGGUUAGACAAUUAUUUGCAGGGUUGGAAGAAAACUUUAUUAGUUGUAUCUCACGACCAAAGUUUCUUAGAUAAUGUUUGUACAGAUAUUAUUCACUUAGAUCAGCAGAAAUUGUUCUAUUAUAAAGGCAAUUACAGUAUGUUCAAAAAAAUGCAUGUGCAAAAAGUGAAAGAACAGGCAAAAGCAUAUGAACAACAAGAAAAAGCUAUCAAAAAUGCAAAGGCUCAUGGUCAAAGUAAGAAACAAGCAGAGAAAAAACAAAAAGAAGCACUCACUAGAAAGCAAGAAAAAAAUAAGUCUAAGUUACAAAAAACAGAAGAAAGUACAGGGCCCACAGAACUUUUACAAAAACCAAGAGAAUAUAUUGUCAAGUUUAGUUUCCCAGAUCCUCCACCACUACAACCUCCAAUUCUUGGUCUUCAUGAUGUUACAUUUGCUUAUCCUGGUCAUAAACCUUUGUUCGUUGACGUUAACUUUGGUAUUGAUCUGAGUUCUCGUAUUGCUAUUGUUGGACCUAAUGGAGUUGGCAAAACUACAUUUUUGAAAUUAUUAGUUGGUGAAUUGACACCAACUUCUGGAGAGUUAAUCAGAAAUCAUAGACUGAGAAUAGGAAGAUUCGACCAGCACUCUGGUGAACAUUUGACAGCUGAAGAGAGUCCCACAGAUUACUUAAUUCGUCUCUUUGAUCUCCAAUAUGAGAAAGCUAGAAAGCAGUUGGGAACUUUUGGCCUGAGUUCUCAUGCACACACCAUCAAAAUGAAAGAUCUUUCUGGAGGUCAAAAGGCGCGCGUAGCUCUGGCCGAGUUGUGCCUCAAUGCUCCCGACGUUUUGAUUCUCGACGAGCCUACAAAUAACUUGGACAUUGAAUCCAUCGAUGCCUUAGCCGAUGCCAUUACUAGGUAUCAAGGUGGUGUAGUUAUAGUUUCUCACGACGAGCGACUUAUCCGCGAGACUGAAUGUCAGUUGUACGUUAUGGAAGACCAAGGAAUCUAUGAAAAUGAUGGUGAUUUCGACGACUACAGGAAAGAACUGCUGGAUAGUUUGGGUGAAAUUAUCAAUAAUCCAAGUAUAGCUGCCAAUGCUGCCGUUCAGCAGUAAUGCAGCAAUGAAUUCCAUCUAUUUUUUCAUUAAAAUAAUAGCCAAUUCACCUUUUUCAAAAGAAAGUGAUUAUAUUUAUGAAAAAAAAAAUGAAUUGUUUUUGUACUAUAAAUUAGUCGAUAAUGUUUACAGAUAUUUUUAGAAGUUAUUUUAAAAUUAUUGUGACGAAAACCUCAAAAAAAGUGAAUAAAAAAAUAGCUUUCACCUUUUAA